GUGUUUUCUAUUUACAAGAUUGUCCGGUUAUCAGUGGGUACGAGAUGUAAUGAAACGAAACUGGUGAAAUGUAAUAAUUAACCAUACGAUACAAUUAUUAUUAUGUAACGAAUUUCACCCAGUCCUGAGUCCACAAUCGAUCGAAUUUAUGUCGUGAAUGCAAGAGUGAAAUGCGUCGAACGAAAGUAACACGUCAUCAGUAUUGGACUACGAAUAUACGAUUGCCGAACGUCUUUAUAAUUUUUUUUGAUUUUACGUUAAUAUCAAACUUCACCGCGUCAACAUGGAUGAGUGGAUCGAGAAUGUUGUAGAAGUGGAAUCGAACAUCGGGUCGUAUCCAAAUCCAGGAACCAAAGUGUUUCAAUACGGCACAUCGGGCAUUCGUUAUAAUUCUGAACACCUGGACCAUGUCCAACAUCGGAUGGGAAUGCUGGUAGCUCUGCGAUCAAUACAUUUGAAAUCGGCAGCAGUCGGGCUAAUGAUAACAGCCUCGCACAAUCCGCAAGAUGAUAAUGGAAUCAAACUCAUUGACCCUCAAGGAGAAAUGUUGGACAGCUCGUGGGAAGUCUAUGCCACCGAAUUGGCUAACGCCCCUAACAACCAGGAUGUAUGUGCUAUGCUCAUAAAUAUUGCUUCAAAGUAUAAUAUUGAUAAAUCAUAUAUACCUCGUGUGUACAUCGGUCGUGAUACUAGAAAUUCUGGUAAAAGAUUAUUGGAAGCUGUGCUUUGCGGUGUUAAAGCUUUUAAGAGUAAUGUUGAAGAUUUUGGCAUAAUAACAACACCAAUGUUACAUUUUUUUGUUAGAUGUUAUAACACCAAUUACUCAUACGGUCAGCCAAAUGAACAUUCUUAUUAUACUAAAUUAACAAACAGUUUUAAAACUUUGCGUAAAAUGUGUUUAGAUUUGAAAAAUUAUAGCCCAAUAAUAGAAUUUGAUGGUGCUAAUGGGGUGGGUGCUUUAAAAAUGAAAGAUGCAAUCACAUAUUUAGAGGAUUCAUUGGUGAUUAAUAUGCAUAAUGAUGACAUAUUGAAUACAGAAAAAUUAAAUUACAAAUGCGGUGCAGACUUUGUGAAAUCAAACCAAUGUCCUCCUACCGGAAUGACUAUUAAACCACACUCUAAAUAUGUGUCCGUGGAUGGAGAUGCAGAUAGAAUAGUUUAUUCUUUUAUUGAUGAAAACAACAAAUUUUAUUUAUUAGAUGGUGAUCGAAUUGCUACACUUGUGGCUGGUUAUAUAAAAGAUUUAUUCAUUGAUUCCGGUCUUGAUGUCAAUGUAGGGUUGGUGCAAACCGCUUAUUCAAAUGGAAAUUCUACAAAAUAUGUAACUGAGAAGUUGAAAGUUCCUGUUGCAUGUGUUCCGACUGGUGUGAAAUAUCUUCAUCAUAAAGCCAACGACUAUGAUGUUGGCAUUUAUUUUGAAGCCAAUGGCCAUGGUACUAUAUUAUUCAAGGAUGCUAUACGUGAACUUAUUCGAAACCAAUCUGCUAUUGAAAAAGAUGAGGCAAUGUCACUAGCACUGAAGAAAUUGAUUUGCAUCAUGGAUAUGACUAAUGAAACCGUAGGCGAUGCUUAUUCCGAUAUGCUGAUUGUUGAGUCUGUACUUUGUGAACGAGGGUGGAGCAUUAGUGAUUGGUAUAAAACAUACUCUGAUUUGCCGAAUCGUUUGACUAAAGUUACUGUCAAGGACAGAAAUACAUUUGAGACUGGUGACGCUGAGAGAAUUUGUAUCAAACCAGAAGGCCUUCAAGGAAUAAUAGAUUCCAUUGUGUCAAAGUAUUCUAUGGGCAGAUCUUUUGUCAGACCUUCUGGUACAGAAGAUUUGGUGAGAAUUUAUGCUGAAGCAGACACUCAAUUCAAUGCUGAUAAACUUGCUGUUGAAGUGGCUACUGCUGUUUACGAUAUAGCUGAUGGUGUUGGAAAAAAACCAGAAUAAACUAAACUUAACAAGUGCAAUUUGAUGUGUUCAAAUAUAGUAAUAUUAUCCAGGGUUAAUUAAGCAUACGUGAUUUAAGUGAUUUUGUACUAUUAUGCUGGUACACUUUCACAAAAUAUAUAAUUUUUCUAUGAUAUUUAUGUUCAGAUUUUAUUAAUAUAUUUUCGUGAAACUAGCUAAUUUUAGAAGAAAAACAUUGUUUAAUUUUGAUUAUAUUUAAAUACAUAUUAUAUUAUAGUAUAUACAAUAUUUAUAUUGAUGUUACCAGAUUCUUAUUUUUAAAUUGUUUAUAUUUUUAUUUUUUAUAUUAUGUUAUAAUAAUUAAAAUAAUUUAAUAUCUAACUUAAUAUUAUGUACAAUAAGUUCUGGUUGAAUUGUUUUAACUGUAAAUCAUAAUAAUUAGAACAAUGAUGGUAGUUACUAAUCUUGCACUAGUGUUCAUAUAACGGCUCCUUUAUAGCCACAUUAAAUAAGUCCCACCGGAUAGUGCUGGUGAGGAGCCCGUUUCAUUUUAUGUUUAUUAUUUUUAUUGUUUUUAUUACAAGUAUUAAUACAAUAUACAACUAUAACUAAAAAAAAUUGUGAAUUUGUUAAUAAUGAUGUAACAAAGUUUUAUUUGACAAAUUAAUACAAUAUUGUUUAUUGUAUUAUAUAAUAUUAUUUAUUAUUUACAUGAAGUGAAAAAAAAUGUUUUACAUUUGAAAUGCUUAAAAUUUCAAUUAAAUUGUUGAUAAUUACAUCCAAACUUCAUUAAAAAUUAUGAACUGAUACAGAGUAAAAUUAAAAUCUCUUAUGGCUUACAAAUACUACUCUAUUAUAAUCAUAUUAUGUCGUAUUGUUCUAUAUGAUUUAAUAAAUACUUUUUACUUUAUUGUUAA